ACUAAUAACUUGUGUGCUCUAUAAAAACUUACAACAAUAAUCUCAACAAUAAAAUUAACGAAAGUAAUAACAAUCACAGCAGCUACAAUACGCUAACAAGAAAAAUAGAAAAAAUAACAUCAACAACGUGACCAACUGACUCUGGAUUGAUCAGCUCAAUUUCUUUGGGUGAAAUUAUGAUGAAGUGACGAUGACGUAGCGAUGACGUCAAUCAUAAUUUAUCGACCGCGAUCAUCGUAAUGGUAAUUAACAUCUACAACCAUUAAUCAACUCGACCGAUCGUCUUACUUUGAAAAAGUUACAGCGAAUCCAGCAAGGAACAUUGCAUCGAAUUGCAAAAAAAUUCAAUAAGAUCAACAAAGAAAAACAUCAACAUCAACAAAAUUACUACUGACAAAAACAACAAUAUCAACGAAAAACAACAAAUAGUACUAACGAACAACAACAACAAUCCCAGUUGGCAACUCCUAACCACAAAAACCGUCAACAGUAACAGCCAAAAUUAUCAAUUCUCAACAACAACAACAACGACAACAAUUACAACAACGACAAAAUGUCACUACAAAGUGGUUCACGCGUGCCACAACGUCAGCACUGUUACCUCUGUGACCUACCUAGGACUCCUUGGGCCAUGCUGGUAGAUUUCAGCGAGCCCGUCUGCCGUGGUUGUGUCAACUAUGAAGGACCAGAUAGAAUUGAGAUGGUAAUUGAUCUGGCUCGCCAGCUGAAACGUCUACACGGUAUCGAACCCACUCGACCCCUAGCCUUUCCACCGCCCCAACAACAUCCGCCCACGCAUUCCAAGAAUGUUGCAGUUAACAGCAUCAACAGCAAUAUCAACAACAACAGCAGCAACAACAGCAUGUUGCCACCUCGUAACAAUAACAACAACAGCAACAACAACAUCAACAAUAACAACAUCAGCCACAGCGCUAGUGACGGAGGACGGAGCGGAAGUGGAUUGAACCCUCUUCCUCCUACGCAAUCUAACAGAUCCCAACAAAGUCGUCAUAACAACCAAAUAAUCGAUGAUCUGCCGCUAAGAUUCGGAUUAUCUUCUUACCACUCCUUGCUCUCCGCUGGCGUUUGUCCGCCACCACUACCACCCCUACCUCAUCCAAACCGAUCGGUAACCGUUCCUCUGGGUACACAGUCGAAUCAACCGAGUCAAGGAAACAAAAAGCAGCACAUUCAGUCGGAUAAUAACGUAGACAGUAGUAACCUUAACAACAACAAUAACGGCAACAACACUAAUAAUUCUCUAGUAAGUCCAAAUGGCCACGAUUCGAUGCAUGUCGGUAUAACGAAUAACGGUCCUUUUUUUGACGGUUCAAACCAUCCUACACCGAGAAAUGUAACGGAUACUCUGGCCAUUUUGGGAGCCUGUACCCCGUUUGAAAUUCGCCACAAAUCAGACCCAAUUGCCACUGGUAGAGUUCUGGCGUUCGAAGCCAAACGACACGGUUUCGAUUUUGAGCUUGUUGUAUUCGUUGAGUUACCGAUCGGUUCUGGCAACGUUUUCAGCAGUGAUUUAAUUCAAAAACAGAUAGGUUCUGAAGCAUUAGAUCCUAGCUUUAAAGAAUUUGCUUCAUCGUUAGCUGGGAGUUUGAAACAUCUUCAAUACCGAAUCAAGCCUGAUGGUGAUGACUGGCAUUCGCUCACAGAACUCUUGACAGACCAAGUUAGAUGCUUCGUUGAAUCAAUUAAGAAAGAAAGUCUUCCAAGUCCGUCGGCACCCUCUGUUGAAUCAAUAGUUGGUUUGCAACGGUUCAUAAGCGCACAGUCUGUACGUCUUGCGAAUGUUUUGCAGCAAGUGAAAAGAAAAUCAUCAGCUGCCAGUUUGGAAGAGAUGGAUUUGGGUCCGAUGUGCAAAAGGCUUGGUCUGGAUUUUAGUCGACGACAUAUGUGGAUGCAAGCCGAGGCGCUCAAAAUGUCCUUACAAAAUGCCGGUAUGGCUGGAGGAGCUGGGCUACCGUCGUCAAUCCUCAGUUCACCGUCUAGUCGAAUCGACCCAUCCGUUUGCUUUCCGCUACUUCCUCCGCCACUUUUAGUUGGAUCGCUCGGUUUAAGCGGACUUAGAGAUUCUCCCACAAUAUGCCGAAUGACCUCGUUAUCACCUGAAGACACAAAACGAACAAAUGGAUUCGAUCCCAUUCCUGGUCCUGCAGAUCUGCGACGUCGAAGUCCUCCACCGGGCAUAACAGCCUGCGGUCGUAACAGCGUGGAGCCGACAGGAGCCGGAUCAAAUAGUUCUGGCCAGCCGUCAAUUAAUCAGAAUUUAGAAAAUCUUCGUUGCACAAUUUGUCUUGAGAGGCUGGAGGAUACACAUUUUGUUCAAUGUCCGUCCGUUCCGGAGCACAAGUUUUGUUUCCCAUGUUCCAGAGAAAGUAUAAAAAGACAAGGAUGUGGGAGUGAAGUUUAUUGUCCAAGUGGUAGAAAGUGUCCACUCGUCGGUUCAUCAAUACCUUGGGCGUUCAUGCUUAACGAGAUCGAAACCAUCCUAGGAGCUACAUCGAGCGGACAAUCAUCGUCGUCGUCAUCCUCUUCAUCGUCGUCGGUGUCAUCGUCAUCACUGGCAGUGAUGUCAUCGUGCUCUAGCGGCAUUGCGUUUCCUUCAUGUUCAGUUUCGACGUCAUCUUCAUCGUCGGUGGCUACUGCGGUGACGUUCGCUGACGAGACAAAAGAUUUCAAGAUCAAGAAAGAGAAAGAAAUUUGAUUGAAGGUGACGUGCAAGAACAAGGACAACGUUGGGGGAACGAACUUGAAAAUUUAUUAUACAAAUUAAAAAAAUUAACGUCAUUAAUAAUGAGUUUAAAAAAAACAUGGUAAACAUUUCUUUCUAUAAGCAUAUGUUACGUACCACGUGUUUAUAAAUGUGAGCGUGUAAUUAACAUUGUACUAUUUAUAUAAACAUAACAUGAUUUAUUGAUAUUGAGUGAUUGUAGACUUGUUAAUUAUUUAUCUGCGUAUGUGAACGUUGCUAUUGUAGAGUUUUUUUGCUGGUAUUAUUCUCAUUUCGUUGAUAUUAAUUAAAAAAAGUUUAUUUUUUCAUUAACCUAUUGAUAAUAAAAUUAUAUUUUGCAUUAAUUUUGUAUUCCUCUAUCUAUCAUCUGUUUACAUGCUGAUGAUGGUUAAAAUAUGAAGAUGUAUUUUAUAAAUUAAAUAAACACAAUAUGUGUGCGUGCGUGUGCAUACUCUUUUUAAAAUAAUAUGAUAUGAAUAUAACAAUUCAUCCUUAUUCAACAAAUUUAUUGUGUAUAAAAUUUUUCUUUCAAAAUUGGAUUAAAAAAUAUUUGUAAAUGUCACAGUU